AAGAAUUUCUCAAUUGAAAAUGGGUUAUAAUGAUUUCAGUGGUUCCAUUCCCCUAGCAAUAGGUUCGCUUAGAAGUCUAAGCCACCUUCACAUUGCCAGUUGUAAGCUAAAUGGAUCAAUUCCUGGUUCCAUAGCGAAAUUGACCAACUUGUCAUAUCUAGAUUGUCAUAUCUAGAUUUAUCUGACAACCAACUUAGAGGUUAUAUUCCUCAAGAGAUUGGGAAGUUGAGUAACUUGAAACAUCUGAAUUUGAGUGUAAACUAUCUACUUUCUGGCUCCAUUCCUACAACAAUUGGAAUGCUCACAAAUCUUGUUGAACUUGAUUUAUCAAGUAACAAUCUCACUGGUGCUAUUCCUUCAAUUGGGAACUUGAGAAAUUUAGAAGUACUUAUCCUACUUAACAACCCUCUCUCUGGUCCUAUUCCUGAGGAGUUUGGAAGACUCCAUUCUCUCACAGUACUUAAAUUGUUACUCAAUGAUUUGUCCGGGCCAAUCCCAUCUUCCAUAGGAGACCUGUCCAAUUUGAGAUCACUUAUACUUUUUGCUAAUAAACUUAAUGGAUCCAUUCCUUCCACCCUUGGAAACUUAACAAAACUCACCAAAUUGGCCCUACAUAUGAACCAACUUUCCGGAUCAAUUCCUGUUUCCUUAGGAAACUUGGUCAAUCUACAACAGCUUAACCUUGGAUCAAACCAUCUUUCUGGACCUAUUCCUUCCACCCUUGGAAAUUUGGCAAAGCUCACCCACCUAAUUCUUCUUGACAACAACCUUAAUGGUACUAUACCACCAGCAAUGAAUAACCAUACUGAACUCGUAAGCUUACAACUGGGUUCCAAUGAUUUUACUGGCCAUUUGCCACAGCACAUUUGCCUUGGUGGGUCACUUACACAUUUUUCUGCUAAUAAUAACCAUUUCACUGGUCCAAUUCCAACAAGCUUAAAGAAUUGUUCCUCCCUUCUUAGACUCAACCUAGCAAAAAACCAAUUGAGUGGAAAUAUAUUAGAUGAGUUGGGUGUAUAUCCACAUUUGGAUUCCAUUGAUCUAAGCAGCAAUAAUUUUUGUGGCCACCUUUCACCAAAUUGGGCGAAGUGCCAUAGUCUCACAAGCCUUACAAUGUCCAACAACAAUUUAUCCGGUGGCAUACCCCCAGAGCUAGGGCAAGCACCCAAAUUACAACGACUUCAACUCUCUUCAAAUAAUCUAAAUGGAAAAAUUCCAAAAGAACUUGGUAACUUGACAUUGUAUGUACUUCUCUUAAGUGACAAUGAACUUUCUGGGUACAUUCCCAAAGAAAUUGGAUCUUUGCUAGGCCUUGAGCGUCUGGAGCUUGCAGCAAACAAUUUAGUUGGCCCAAUUCCAAGCCAGCUCGGAGACUUGGUCAAAUUGUGGAACUUAAACUUGAGCAAUAAUAGAUUCUCAGAUGCCAUUCCCUCUGAAUUAAACAAAUUGCGGUCUCUUCAAAUUCUUGAUUUUAGUGGCAAUUUGUUAAAUGGGACAAUACCAGAAUCACUUGGAAUGUUGCAAAGAUUGGAAAACUUGAACCUCUCCCAUAAUCAUCUCUCUGGCACCAUUCCAUCUAACUUUAAGAAUAUCUUGAGCUUGACAACUGUUGAUGUAUCUGACAACCAAUUAGAGGGUCCAAUUCCUGAUAUUCCAGCCUUUCUUAAUGCUCCAUUUGAAGCAUUGAAAAACAAUAAAGGCUUGUGUGGUAAUGCCAAGUGCUUGGAGCCUUGCAAAGAGUUGAGUCACCAACAUCAUGGAAAAAAGAGAAGUGUCAAGAUAUUGGCACUAUCCUUGACAUUGAGUGCUCUAUUUCUAGUACUGGUUGUGGUUGGAGUUUCUUUAUGUAUUUAUUGUCAAGGAGAAAGAAAAUCAGAAAAGGAGGUCACAAGAGAACAAAAAACUCAAGAUUAUUUUUCCAUAUGGGGUUAUGAUGGAAAAAUAGUGUAUGAAAAUAUCAUUGAAGCCACAGAGGAGUUUGAUGAUAAAUAUCUCAUUGGAGAAGGAGGGUCUGGAGCAGUUUACAAGGCUACCUUACCCUCUGGUCAGGUUGUUGCUGUGAAAAAACUUCAUGCUGAGGUUGAUACAGAAAUGCUCAAUUUAAAAGCUUUUACAAGUGAGGUUAGAGCCUUGACAGAUAUCAGACAUCGUAACAUUGUCAAGUUAAAAGGAUUUUGUUCACAUCCUCGCUUCUCUUUUCUAGUUUAUGAGUUUCUUGAAGGGGGAAGCUUGGAGAAAGUACUAAAUGAUGAUGCACAAGCAAAAUUGUUUGAUUGGAAUAAGAGGGUGAACGUAGUUAAAGGUGUUGCAAGUGCUCUAUAUCAUAUGCAUCACGGUUGCUCUCCUCCUAUAGUUCAUCGUGACAUAUCAAGCAAGAAUGUUCUUAUAGACUUGGAAUAUGAAGCUCGCAUCUCUGACUUUGGAACUGCUAAGAUUCUCAAUACUGAUUCACACAAUUUAACCUCUUUUGCAGGCACAUAUGGGUAUGCUGCUCCAGAGCUUGCUUAUACUAUGAAAACGAAUGAGAAAUGUGAUGUGUUUAGCUUUGGUGUGGUUUCUUUGGAAAUAAUCAUGGGAAAGCACCCACGAGAUCUCAUUUCUUUGUUGUUUUCAUCGUCUACAACGCCAUCAGCAUCUAAUUUGUUAUUGAAGGACAUGUUGGAUGAACGACUUCGUGACCCAGUGAAUAGAAUUGUUCAAGAUGUGAUUUUAGUCGCAAAAAUAGCAUUUGCUUGUUUGAGUGAAACUCCACAUUCUCGUCCUACCAUGGAACAGGUGUAUAGGGAAUUUGUGAUGCCAAAAUCGCCUGUAGUUGAUCCUUUUCCCAUGAUCACAAUUGGUCAAUUCCUAAAUAAUUGAAUUUGGUUUUAUCUUGUGUUGAAUCU